AUGCCAAAAGCUCCCCAACGUAGUACCAAAGCGGCUCGCGCGGUCGGUCCGGUCAAGGACAGCAGCAAGACGAAAGAUCCCAAGGCAUCGCACCUCUACACCGACGACAACCCUGCAACGACGAUCCACGGCACUGGUUUCAAGGACGAGGCCGCGGCGUUGCGUACGCUGGAUCUGAUCCGCCAACGCUCGCUCACCUACCAAUUCCAAACGGUGAACACCAUGUUCCAUAGAGCGAAGCACCAUCCUGCGAUGAAGAAAGCUGCUGAAGGCAGUGGGAGCACAGGCAACAUGCGAGCAGCAAUGGACGUCUUCCAAACAUGGCUGGAGGAAACGUAUCCUGCUGAGAAAGAGACGUUGAGGGUCGGAGGCGGCUUCAAGCCUUUGCUGAGCAAGAAGUGCAUGGGGCGGUACAUUUCCCUGAUUGAGGACAGCGCGGAUGUUAGUGACGAUGGCAAGAUAUUCGCCAGGACAUAUGUGAGGCUGCCAAAGGGAAAGAGGCUGGGCAAUGUACUGGUCGAUGACACAAAGCCCGCCGAGCCUGACUGGGAAAGGAAGCGAUAUCAGGUUCUCGAUGGACUUGUUCCGGAAGGGGAGGAGAGCGAGCCGAAUUGGAAAUCUUCAGCUCUGUGGACUGGAGAUAGCAAGCCUAGUCCACGUCACCUGGAGCUUAUUGCGUGGGCAUGGAGUCCAGUCAAGGAGUCAAAGCUGCCGUGA